AUGGCAGUGCAACGUUGGAUUAACGACAAUUUGGGUGACUUCGACGAGCCGGUCCAGGAAGCGCCGCCUGGUAUGGACGACUCGCUGCUGCCUUUGACUUCAGAGCCAGCGAAUAUAGUGGAAGCAGAGGCAGAUGGUCUUACCUCUGCUGGCCAGAAUGAACGGGCAGAUGGUCUUAGCUCUGCUGGCCAAAAUGAACAAGCGGAUGGUUUUACAUCUGUUGGCCAGAACGGACAGGGCCAGAAUGAUAGACCGCCCAAAUUGAGAAGGCUGGUCGCGUUUUGUAUAAGCCCAGAGAAAGCAGAGCAGCAACGCGUGCGCGACUUGGAGCAAGAACUGCACGAGUGGAAAAAGCGCAAGGCACAGCUGCGUCUGCAGCUCAUGGCUGAACGCCGGGGCUCCGGCCAGGGUCGCGAUUGGUACGGCAGCUGGGGCCGCAGCUGGGACAGCGGCUGGGACAGCGACUGGUACGGCUGGAGUGAUUGGGGUGGCUGGUGGAGCGGUUGGCCAGAACAGUGGCCAGGUGAUCUUGCCACUGGCACCGCCACUUCAAGCGGUCGUUUGCCAGGUGGUCUUACCCCUGGCGCCGCCACUUCAAGCCGGAAGACUGAGUGGUCCAGCAAGUUUCCGCCUGGUCAGUUCGUGACGGCGCUGGUCCCGCUGGCAAUGAACAGCUACAGAGACCGGUCAUACAGCCCCAUUGCGACGUACAUCCAGGAGGAGCUUCUCUGCCACAUCGCCAUGAGGGCGACGUCGCCGGACCGCUUUGGCCACAAGAGAGCCCGCAUGACCAUCAAGGGCCUUCAAGCUGAGGCCGCUUGGCGGCAUUUUGUGCGGGAGACCAACAAGCUGGCAGAGCAAGGUGUGCUGGCAGAUCUGGAAGAUGGCAAGGUGGCCUGGCACCGCUGCCCACCAGCCAAGCGGGUCCUGGAAGAGGACGAGGACGACGAAAAAAAGCAGGACGACGAUUCCGUGGACUGGGGCGGCUCGGAGGAGUCACUGUCUGAGGCGGGAGGGCAUGCGGCGCCCGAUCAUGUAGAGACGGAUGAGUCGUCUGAUGGUCUUACCUCAGACGAAGAAACGCAAGAGGAUGCUGCGACUACAGGGCCUGCUCCGCCCCAGUCAAGAUGGGAACGACUGAGAGCCUUGGCCAUCAGGCAAGUUCAGGCAGCCAGAGACAAGAAUGGUCUCAGCCAAGAGGCUGUCAACCUGGUGCAGAGCGUUUCCGAGGAGGAGCCACUGCCCAAGGAGCUUCUGAGCUUGAGGAUUUCUUUCUGCAUCUGCUGCUUCGGCCGUGGAUGGCAGCUCAGGAAGGCGUUGCCAGCAAAUAUUAUGCUCCAGCGCGGCCACAUGCAGAAUGUGCGUUUCUGCAUUUCUUUGUAUGACAAUGCCGGCACAGAUGGCGAGAAGACAAGAGUUUUCUUUGUUUGGGGGUUUUCCAAAAGGAAAGACCUAGGGGCCAGCGAAGUAGCGCGUUAA